GCUCCGGGGACGGCGGGGGAGGAGGGGCCGGGUUGAGAAGCGCGCGCGCGCGCGCGCACGAGCGGCCCGCCGGCGGCUGCGGGUGGAGGGGGCGGUUCCUCGAGUGUCGGCGACCCGAGGGCGGGCAGGCGGGCGGCAGGUGCCGCCGCAGCCUCCGGCCGGUCCCGCGCUUCUUCGUCCUCCGGCGGCGAUGAGCUGGGCCCCGUCGGGGGCUGCACCUGCCGGCUGCCCGUCAGCGCCAGGCUCCCGGCGUGACCUCGGCCUCUUCGCGUGUCCGGCCCCCGCGGCGCGGCGCUGCCCCUGAGAGGGAGCGGCGGCGGCCUCCUCCGCCCCGAGUCCUCGCUCGGGGGCCGCGCGGGGACGGCGCCCGGCCCCCUCCCCACCCUCCUCCGUUCGCCGUCCUCAAUGUCUCCCCGGCGGGGAGGGGGCUGCCUGGGAGACACGCUGAGCGGCCCCCCAACGGAGGCCCUCCGGCGGCAGCAGCAGCAGCGCCCGGCCCGGCGCCCCGCAUCCUCCACCGGCGGCGGCGGCCUGGAGGAGCCGCGCACCCGCCGCCGCCCCCCGAGCCUCGCAGCCGCCGCCGCCGCCAGGCCCCCGAGGAGAGGGAGGCGGGCGCCCCUCGGGGAAGAUGAAGGCGGAGGGGGGCGACCACUCCAUGAUCAACCUGUCGGUGCAGCAGGUCCUGAGCCUCUGGGCCCACGGGACGGUGCUGAGGAACCUCACGGAGAUGUGGUACUGGAUCUUCCUCUGGGCUCUCUUCUCUUCUCUGUUUGUCCAUGGUGCUGCAGGAGUGUUGAUGUUUGUGAUGCUGCAGAGGCAUAGGCAGGGAAGAGUCAUCUCCGUCAUUGCAGUCAGCAUUGGAUUUCUGGCUUCCGUAACUGGAGCGAUGAUUACCAGUGCAGCAGUAGCGGGCAUUUACAGAGUAGCUGGGAAGAACAUGGCCCCUUUGGAAGCGCUGGUAUGGGGUGUUGGACAGACUGUAUUGACAUUAAUCAUCUCCUUUUCAAGGAUCCUCGCUACACUUUGAGGUUUCUGUGAGAAUGUCUUACUUCAUAUAAGGAAACAGAUGUACAGAUUCCCUGAAAACGGCAUUGUUAAAAGUGGAAAUGAAGUUGUGCAAGAAUGUGGACUGAGCAGGUCAAAGCAUAAGGAAGACCUUGAGCUGUGUGGAAAGAUUGCCCUCUGGUGUUCAAGUGAUUGCACUACCGCACUGCACCUUAUGUGCCUCUGUCCCAGGCAAGGUGCAUUAAGACACUAUGUAAAGUUACGAGAAAAAGCACCUUGUUUAGCUGCCUAUCAGGUUAACAUUGGUGUUGAAAUCAUCGUUUUUAACAGUGUUGUGUUAAGUUACAGGGAUGUUUCGAGGUAUUGAUAUAUGUGCCAAACUCUUUUCUUUUUGUUAACAUUGAUCAUGUGACAAUUUGCAAGUGUAGAUGUAGCUGAGUGCUGUGAACAUAUUUGACAUGAAUUCAGGUAAUGUACUAAGAUUUUUGUUCUGUAACACUAAAUCCCGUAUGAGUGCUAAAUACCGAAUUGUUUAAUAUGAGAGAUUAAUUGGUUUUUAAUGUUGCACAUUUCUGGGAUUUAGGGCUUCACUUGUUUAGGUAUUUUUUAAUUGAUGUGUAAGAUAAGUCUUCUUAAUGGAAGACUAGCUCAAAUGUUUUAAGAAUUCAGAGUGGCUCUAUAGGGUGCAUACUUUUCACUAACUUAAAUAACAGUUUCCCUCAUGCAUAAAUACUCUAUACAAAUUCAGAAACUUUAAGGGUCAUACACAUCGAUUGUAGUUUGUGUGUCAUAAAAAUAUAAAUUUUCUUAAAAAUUUUGUAAGAAAAAUAGUCUGAAAUGCAUGUUGCAUUCUUUGACCCUUCUAAAGAAAGUUUUUGCCUCGUAUCUCAUGGACAAAACAUCUUUAUAACUAGUAUCUCAGUGGGAUUAUAUUACAUGUUGCAUAUAUCUUGAUUUUUGACAAAACAUAAACAGUCUUUCAUUCUGGAGUAUUAACUGUUUUUAGAGAGUGGCCUAAAUUAGGCUCUGGAAAUAAAGACCUCAUUUGUAGAUAAGUAACAAGUAAGUUAUAUAGGAAGAGUAAUAACUGUUCUUUGGAUAUAUGGUAACAUCAUAAUUUUGCUAAGUAAAAACUGGGGAAUAUAAUAGGUAAUUUUAAUGUUUGGCAGUUAGUCUCAGCAUAUCAACGCAGUAUUGAACGUGUAUUUGAGUAAUUUAUUUCAGUUGUUCAGUUCUUGAUUUAUGAUACUAUGAUUUAAGUUUAAGUUUACUGGAAGAAUCAGUGAGGGCAUGUAUUAAAGUGGAAAUGUCCUUUAUAUAAAACAUUUUAAGAGGUUUUGGCAAUAUGUAAUUGCAAGAGUAUAGGAAGUGGGGUUGAACUGGUCUUCCAAUGAGAUUUUUUUGGCACCAGAUAAAGUUGUCAUAUGCUUACUCAAAGUAGGAGCCAUUGCAGAGAAUAUGAAGUUAAGGAUAAUUUUUAAAAAUCUGGUAACCUUGCUGUUUAAUCCAAUUUGGCAUAAAAGUAGGCUUCUCUAAUAUCCCAUUCAAAUUUAAGAACUGUGUUACCUGCAUCACUUCUUCUCUACCCAGAAGCAGAAUAUAUCCACAACUUAUCCAUGAGAAGUUGGGGAAGCAGUACUUUUACCAGUUUACCAUUAUGAAUGGCAAAGCAGUAUGUAUUUGACAGUAAAUCAUCAAUUGACAUUCUCUAGAAUUUUUUUAAAUUACCUUUUGCAGUUGCAUUGCAAUUGCAAGUUUGGGGGAUUUACUGUCACUGUGGCUUGGAAAUUUGUUUUAAAAAAAAACAAUAAGCAACUAUGCAUGGAUC